CGAUCAGAGCGAAAGCAUGUCUGGGAGAGGCAAGGGCGGGAAGGGGCUUGGCAAAGGGGGUGCUAAGCGCCACCGCAAGGUGCUGCGCGACAACAUCCAGGGCAUCACCAAGCCGGCCAUCCGCCGCCUGGCUCGGCGUGGCGGCGUCAAGCGCAUCUCGGGGCUCAUCUACGAGGAGACGCGCGGCGUUCUCAAGGUCUUCCUGGAGAACGUGAUCCGCGACGCCGUCACCUACACCGAGCACGCCAAGAGGAAGACGGUCACGGCCAUGGACGUGGUGUACGCUCUCAAGCGACAGGGGCGCACCCUCUACGGCUUCGGCGGCUAAACUCUGAUUCCUGGGAUAGGUCACGAUUUUAAAAACACAAAGGCUCUUUUCAGAG